GGUCAACGCAGCGUCCAGGUGGCACCCCUCCCUACCCACCAUCAUCCAUCACCAACCAGUAGCAUCUCUCACACCGGGUUGGACACUAACUUACCUGCUAACUACUAACUUCCAAGUCUAGCUAGGUAGCUAGCUACCUAGUACUUAGCUGCCGGGCCAAUCUGCCCGACCCCGAUUGCAGCGUGUCUUGAAAAUCCCGGUUUUUUCGACCCUCGACCAGUCAAGUGGAGCCUGAGCGAGACCGAGUGGUUCUUUCUUUCUUUCUUACUUUCUUGAUGACGGGGAGCGAUGUGCAAAUGUCGCCGAUUCGGGGAGGGGCCUGUCGGUCUUUUGUGGUUGGCUUUGGUGGAUGGUGGUGGGUUUGGUUGUCGUGUCUCACGAAUUCUGAUUCGAAUCCACCUGUUUUUAUUUUAUUUUUUUUUUCUCUUCCGUCUCUCCAUCUGUUUACCCCCUCUGGUAUAUUAGGUUGUGUCCUUGGUUGGUUCUCAUACGGUUCGUACCUAGGUACCAGGUACCUAAGGUACCCCGUAGGUACCUAUCACCUAGAUACUGAUUCAGUCGUUGGGCGCUACGAUCGACGUUGCUUUGACUCCUGCAUGCUUUGUAUGCCU